CUGUAAUGUGCAAGAUGGACGACUCCUCAUUCAAUCCAACUGGCCAACUGAGUCCGAGCCUGGCACCCACGGAAGUCCCAAUCACAUGGGACGACCCCCGAGAGAAAAGAAAUCCUCAGCACUGGAGUACCCUUUCCAAGAUAUUUCAUACCGCAAUCCCUUGUUUCCUUGCCUUUGAAAUAACAUUCUCAACAUCCGUUACCGUGCCAGCUACGGACCUAAUCGCUCUCGAAUUCGGCCUUAACCGCACGGAAUCCCUACUCCCUUUAACGCUUUACACUCUCGGAGUAGCUUUCGGUCCAGUCUUGAUUGCUCCUUUAUCAGAAGAAUUUGGUCGCAAAUAUGUCUAUGUCGGAACCAUGUCUUGUCUGUUGGCGUUUCUCGGCGGCGCCGCUGCUGCCAACAAUUUUGCAACGCUCCUAAUCUGUCGCUUGUUUGCGGGAAUACUCGGAUCUGCUGGCAUCGCUGUCGGUGGAGGCACUAUCGCCGAUGUUUGGGCCCUGGAAAAAGCCGGCACUCAAGCGUCGCUCCUCUUCAUCCUUGGCCCUUUCCUUGGUCCGACCCUUGGUCCUCUCGCUGGCGCGUACAUACUGAAAGACAAGGGUUAUGAUUGGAGAUGGACGCACUACCUGUUGCUGAUCCUCGGCGCACCCAUAUGGCUUGGUUGCAUCCUUAUGAAGGAAACUUCCAAAAGCUGGAUACUUCGAAACGAGCUGGACUCUAACGAAAAGGCUGCUAAGAUAAAAUCGCGUCGCUUAGUCAUGACAGCCAUGGCACGACCAGUGAAGAUGCUGUUUCAAGAAGUCAUCGUGUCUUCUCUGGCUCUUUACACGGCAUUCGCAUACGCCAUGAUUUUCAGCUAUUUUGCCAGCUCAUCAUACAUACUGCAGCUUUACUAUGGUUUCAACUUACGUGAGGUUGGUUUGUCUUUCAUCAGUGUCAUCAUUGGUUACAUCCUGGCUACCAUCAUGUUUGCCGUUCUCGAUAAGACUUUGUAUGCUCGAGCAGCUAGAGCAUCUCCAACUGGUUCAGCUGGCCCUGAGCACAGAUUAUAUGCUGCACUUGUAGGCAGCUUCUUCCUUCCUGCAGCUCUGUUCUGGUAUGCUUGGGAGGCGCGCAGGGGUGGAAACUGGGCUGCCGAAGUUGCUUCAGGUAUCUUCUUAGGCCUAGGGUCGUUUUCUCUCUUUCUUUCCGCCAUUACUUUUAUGGUAGACUUUUACCGCGCUAAAGCGGCUGCUUCGGCAAUUGCCGCAAACGGUAUCUUACGAUAUACUCUUGGUGCUGUUUUCCCUUUAUUUACGAUUCAGAUGUACGAGAACCUCGGUGUUAGUCACGCGGGAACUGUUUUCGCCGGGUUAUCUAUACUCCUACUCCCGAUUCCAUGGCUGCUAUUUUCUCAAGCAGGAUGGUUGAAGAAGCACAGUCGCUUUAUUUCUGAAGAGCAUCAGCAAACCCAGCAGCAUUCAGUACUGGAAUCGCGAUGACUUUCUUAAAG